CAUGUUUGAGUCGAUUUUGCAUCUCAACAGAAAAACACGCAAAUUUAAAACUUCCUGAAACGAAGACUUUUUUGUUAUUUUACUUUCUCUAUGGUCUCUACUUGUCUCUGUUGUCUCGUCUUUAUCUAUGACUGUUGCACAAAAUAUCCCCCCAAAAAUAUAAGAGGGUAUGUUCUGUGGACUGUUGUACAGAUCAUAGAGUAACCUAGGUGAUCUGUGGACUGUUGUUGAAAUGUCACUCCUGUAAAACCGCGAAUAAUUUUAUUAAAUAUCUAGCCCUGUUGUUAAUUUAGCCGGAAAAUGUUCAAUUUUGGUUCACCAGCGAACCCACCCAAGACGGGCACCGCUACAAACCCUUUAACGAGUACUCCUGCUUCGGCGGGGACUUUGCAGUUUAAUUUGGGCCAAUCGGCAGCAUCUGGAGACAGCAAACCGGGCUCCACAAUGUUUCCCUUGGCUUCAGCUUCAAGUACCCCUUCGCUGGGAUUUAGCGCCAACUUCAACCAGCCAAAACAAGCGGUUGCGCCUACUUUAAACUUCGGCGCGCCAGCGGCAGCUUCAAACAGUGCUGGGUUUGGAACAGGCUUCUCAAGUCCUGCUCCUGCUGCUAGCGCAGCCCCAGCCUUGUCGUUUGGUUUUGGCAGCUCAGCUGCUACUCCUGCUGCAUCUAGUGCUGCGCCUACUAUGUCGUUUGGGCUUGGAGCAGCGCCAGCUUCAACCAGUGCUGCCCCUACCGUAUCUUUCGGGCUUGGAGCCCCAACUGCAACUAGCGCAGCGCCUACCGUGUCUUUUGGAUUAGGCGCGCCAGCUUCGACUAGUGCUCCCAGUUUGUCUUUCGGUUUUGGGGCUCCAGCUACUUCAACCAGCACGCCUAGUUUGUCAUUUGGUUUCGGCGCUUCCACAGGCACCACUGCCACGUCUAGUGCCACAUUUACGCCGAUUUUGAGUAGUGCAGCCACCACAGCGCCCACUUCAGUCCUGAAAUUCGGCCCAACUCCAACUGCAACUACUGAUGCCGCUAAGCCGUUGCCGAGUGGAACAACAGCUGCAGCCACUACUACAACAGCUUCUUCGGGAUUUUCCAUUGGAGGCGCUGCUACCAGUGCAGCCGGGGCUCCGACCACAUCGGCGCCCGCUGCAGCCCCUGCGCCUGCUCCUGCUCCUGCUGUCGGGGCGCUAACGUUUGCCCAGUUGGAGGAUUCGAUCAAUAAAUGGACCAUCGACUUGGAGGAGCAAGGCAAAUUCUUCAUUAAUCAAGCCAAACAGCUGAACGCUUGGGACGGCUUGCUUGUUUCAAACGGGGAAAAAAUCCUGAGCCUGAACAGCAGCAUAGAGAAGGUCAAGCAGCAACAGUCGCAGCUGGAUCAAGAGCUGGACUUCAUUUUGGCACAGCAAAAGGAGCUGGAGGAGCUGAUUAUUCCUCUAGAGAAGGAGCUGGUUGAUGUUCCUAUUGUUGAUAUCGACAGGAACCAGAUGUAUCAGUUUUCGGAGAUAAUCGAUUUCCAGCUGAAGCAGAUUUCUGAUGAUCUGAAGGAGAUAAUCGAGAGCAUCAACGAAUCAAAUAAGGACGAAGAAGUCUCGAACCCAAUAACCCAAAUCAGCAAAAUACUGAACGCCCACAUGAACUCCCUGCAGUGGAUCGACAGAAACACGGCUCAAAUCAACCGGCGCCUGGAGGAAAUUGCAAAAAUUGAGGACACCAACCGCCGAAACCUCAGCGUGAAUAGCUCAUUUUCUAUGUACCAAUAGGAGUUUGUCAAUUAAUAAUUAAAGAUGUUUUUUUU